CUUAAUGGAUGGAUACGGCAGCAGUGUUUUGGACACCGACUGUAAUAUGUGAGCAUAUUUACUAAACAAAACUUGUCAGUGAACUAUGAGGGCAAAAAAAUAAAUAAAUAAAAUAAUCGUUCAUUAAUCAUAAUCGAGUUCAAUUGUUCAAUUAAUCGAGAUUUUGAUUUUAGGCCAAAUCGCCCAGCCCUAACAAAUAGGUAAACUUGUUAGGCAUUGUUAGGGAGGGGUGUGUUUGCUCUGGAACAUAUUGAACCAUCCACCUUUGUAGUUGAACACUGCGGAAUUCUCUCUCAAAGUAAACAUUUUAAAGAUUUUCAAAGCAACUACUUGUUUGACUUUAUAUUGGAAUGGAACAUUCAUUCAUUCAUCUUCUACCGCUUAUCUGAACUACCUCGGGUCACGGGGAGCCUGUGCCUAUCUCAGGCGUCAUCGGGCAUCAAGGCAGGAUACACCCUGGACGGAGUGCCAACCCAUCGCAGUGCACACACACACACUCUCAUUCACUCACGCAUGUCUUUGGACCAGGGAGGAAACCAGAGUACCCAGAGGAAACCCCCGAGGCAUGGGGAGAACAUGCAAACUCCACACGCACAAGGUGGAGGCGGGAAUCGAACCCUGACCCUGGAGGUGUGAGGCGAACCUGCUAACCACUAAGCUACCGUGCCCCCCAGAAUGGAACAUCUCAUUGGAAAAAAGGAUGGAGUUGACCCAGGAUGAGGCAGAAAGUUCCAACGGUACUACAAUUUUGGAGGCACCGCUGGGAUAGAUGUUCGGUGGAUCAACUUCCUGAUCGGUAGAGCCCACCUAGCAACAUCAUCCCGUUCUCAGUGAUUCAGAUGUGUAGCAGUGUGAAGUAGGACAAGUGGUGAGAAAGAUCUGGUUGAGCAGUGCACGUGAAGAACUACAGUUGGUUCCUUCAGUGGGUCAAGUCAGUGAGGUAAACACCACCCUUAACACCCUGCUUAUACAGCUGCUAAAGAUGGAUGCACUUAAAAGUCUUCAAGAUGAAAUUGGUGAGAAAUUAUGCACAUUGUCAUGUGAAAAGCUGGAAGAGCUCUGUGAAUAUCACAAAAGAUGGUGAGUCAACUGUAACUCGUUUGUCCCCGCUAAAUCUCCUCAGCAACUAUCUCUUACGAACUGAGCUUGAUGAGUUAGAGGAUGGAGGAAUGGCUGAGCUUUUAGCAAUCAAUGAGAAACUGAAUCAGCUCAUAGGAACAAAUGUUAAUGCUUCUAGAAGGGAGGAAAAGGAAUCUGGUGAAGAAGUAACAAUUCAGAGUUCAAUUAGAGAUCGUGAAAAUACUGAACUGUUGGCAGCUAUGCAUAUUAGUCCUACUGUGCCACCGACUACAGAAAGGAGACAGAUGCACACCAACAGCUCGGUUAGCAGAGAACACACAUUACAGAGACAGAUUACCCCAGUGUGGCAUAAAGAUUUCAGGAUCGCUGGCCUCAUAGGAGACCCAGGGCAAAAGGAUUGCCUCUCAUUUUCCAGUUUAGCACGGCAGAUAGAAAGUGGAUUAAAAAAGGGCUAUCCAGAGCAGGAAAUAAUUGAUUCUGUCAUCAGAGCUAUCACACCAGGGCUUCAGUUGCGAAGUUAUCUGGAGGGCAAGGCAGGACUGACACUCCCAGUGUUGAGACAAAUACUUCGCUCCCAUUAUCAAGAGAAAAAUGCUACUGAACUUUACAAGCAACUCACUACAGAAGCUCAGCGCUCAAGAGAAACACCACAAAGCUUCUUAAUUCAUGUUCUUGACCUCAGACAGAAAAUCUUGUUCGCCUCUCAAGAAGAUGACUCUGGAUUAAAAUAUGAUUCCAGUCUUGUACAAAAUAUGUUCUUGCACACUUUCCUGACAGGGCUGCAAAAUGAUCGCAUUCAAAGUGACCUUCAGCCAUACUUGUCUAACCCUAACAUCUCAGAUGAAGUGCUGAUGGAGAAACUCAAUGUUGCUUGCUCCAGUGAAUCUGAAAGACAGAACAAACGCAAACAUGAUCGAAGUGGUACUGUUCACGCUGUGCAGUUAAAUGAGCCUGUUCCUGAACAAAGAUGUCAAUCAAAGCCGCCUAAGUUUGAUCUCCAUGUUACAACUGAAAAGUUUAAGUGACGAUAUCAUGCAGAUAAAAGAGACAAUUCAACAGCCCUUCUCUGUCCCCCAGCAGUGCUUUGCAGUCAGUAACACGGAACCAGCAGCAAAGGCUCUACCACUAUAUCAAGAUUCUCAUCAGAACUUCCAGCAGAUUUCAGGAUGUACCAAAGCUCAAGAGACUCCGACCUGGAGACCAGAAUCACUUAACUACCAACAGCAGACAGGUCCAUGCAUGUCUUCACAUCAGUUUCCACAAAGUCAAUCUCAGGUAGUGAGACAAAACCCACCUUUUCCACUCUCAAAUUCAGUGCAGUCCUCUUCUGUUCCACAAGAACGUCCAUAUCAGUCACAGCAAUCACCAAACUUGCAGUGUGCGAAUCUGGCAAAACAGUAUGAAACACUAGAGGCUCACUAUGGACAACCACCUGUGUAUCCUUAUCCUGAGCACCCUCCCAUGUCAGUUAAUUAUGCAACUCAGCCUUCAAAUUUGGCAGCCCCCCAGUAUUAUCCCUAGCAGUAUAGAGCGCUACCACAACAUUACCCUCAGCAGUUUCGUCAGCCUUGUCCUUCACGAGUCAGACCAUGUUUCCACUGCCAGCAGCGGAAAACAGAGGAACCUUGCACUCAUUGCUACGUCUGCGGCAGCAGUGAGCACUUCUCAGCGGGCUGUAAAAGUAAAGGUGCCAGAUCUCAGUCAGGAGCCCCGUUAAACAGGAGCGGGUUGCCCCCAAGGGACAGGGUGUGACCCGAGCAGUAGAAACGUCCCAGAAACAGGAGAGAUGUGGCACAAACCAUCAGCUUGAGCUCGAAUCCCAGUUCCUCAACAGAAUUUUAGCUACCCCUUGCCAAGUUAACCGUCAUUCUGCUGUAACAUCAUUAGUAGGCAGACAGUGCCUGGUGACCUGCUAUUUACAUGGACAAAAGACAGAAGCCUUAUGGGACACAGGCUCCCAAGUAUGUGUUAUAGAUGAGCAAUGGAAAACAAAAUAUGCACCUGAACUGACAUUGAGAAAUAUUUCUGAGGCGACAGAAGCGCCAGAUAGCCUACAACUGGUAGCAUCCAAUGGAACAAACAUGCCACACUGUGGAUGGGUGGAAAUGACAUUUAAGCUGGCAUCUCCUGGGACCAGGGGAAGGGAGUUAAUAAUUCCUGUGCUUGUCCUGAAGGACCAAGAAUUGUCCAGGCCUAUCAUUGGAUAUAACGUCAUAGAGCAGGUUAUGAAGCAACAUGAAGUGAAUGGAUUUCCUGAUGGGACUGGUGAAAACUUGUACAGGACUGUUAGAAAUGCUUUCCCUAGCCUCAAGAAGAAGGAGGUUCACACCUUCAUCAAUUUAGUGUCUGCAGAGGACUCCAAAGAGUAUGCAGUGAGGACAGUGAAGGAAACUAUGAACAUCCCCAAGCACACUGUGAUGAUGAUUCAAUGUCAGGUGAAAGUGCCUUAUGUGACACAAGAUAGCGUCUUGCUGUUUGAACCACAUGUUAACCCACAACAUUCUGAUGGACUUGAACUAUUUGAUACCCUUCUUAUUAUGAAAAAAGGUGCUCGCCCAUCGGUUACUAUCAGUGUGCAGAAUGGAACAGAUCAUGACAUCACACUUAUUGGCAGAACAGAACUAGGGACACUGCAAGCAGUUAAAUCGGUCCUACCAGCCGCAACAUCACAGAGUGCAGUCACAGCCUCUGUUACUCAGACCCCAAAGGAAACCAUUAGUGUAGAUGUCAACAUGGAUCCAUGGGAUCCUCCAGUCGAUGUGAGCCACUUAACGUUAUCCCAACAACGACAAGUAAAGCAGAUGUUGCGUGAGGAAUGUCACGUUUUCUCAAAGUCAGACGAUGACAUUGGCUGUAUUCCAUGAUUGCAACUGAGUCUUACCUUAAACGAUCACACCCCUGUUGCUCGCACCUACACUUCAGUUCCUAAACCGCUAUACCAGGAAAUGAAGGACUACUUACAUGAUCUGAUUGCCCAAGGAUGGGUGCAGAAAUCCCAUUCCCCUUACUCGUCCCCAAUCGUCCGAAAAAAAGAUGGGAGCCUCAGAUUGUGUGUCAACUAUAGAGAGCUGAACAGCAAAACAGUUCCUGACCGCCAGCCAAUACCUAGGGUGCAGGAUGUACUAGAUGGACUAGGAGGCAAUGCAUGGUUCUCUCUAUUAGAUCAAGGGAAGGCCUAUCAUCAGGGUUUUAUGUCCCCGGAGAGCAGGCACUUGACCGCAUUCACUACACCGUGGAGCUUAUAUGAAUGGUGCCGCAUUCCGUUUGGCCUUAUGAAUGCGCCAGCUGUAUUCCAACGUUUCAUGGAGGAAUGCUUGGAGGGACUACGGUGAGGAAAGUACUGCAAAGACUGAAAUCCAACGGAGUUAAGCUGAAAGUGAGAAAAUGUGAACUUUUCAAGAAUGAAGUACGUUAUCUGGGGAGACUCGUCUCAGCUGAAGGUAGCCGUGUGGACCCUGCAGAUACUGUUGCUGUAACAGCACUCAAAGAAAAGACACCAAGCACUGUGGGAGAAUUGCGUAAAGUACUGGGCCUGCUCAGCUAUUAUCGGCAAUAUGUAAAAGACUUCUCCCGGGUCGCCAACCCUCUGUAUGACUUGCUAAAAGCCAAGGCUGACGGUAGUGAGGACCAGAGAAAAGGGAAAAGAAAAAGGGAAACUCUCAAGAAAAAUCAGGUUGUGCCAUCGAGUCAACCAAUUGAGUGGACAAAACACCAUCAGGAGACUCUUGAAAAGUUGAUUGAUCUCCUGAUCCACCCUCCUGUGCUAGGAUUCCCUGAUUUCUCCCAACCAUUUAUUCUUCAUACGGAUGCCUCCAACCAGGGGAAUUUUUAGCUCUAAAGUGGGCUGUAACUGAAAAAUUUAGAGAUUAUCUCUAUUAUGCACCAACGCUUACUGUGUUCAGUGACAACAACCCACUAACCUAUGUCCUGACUUCGGCCAAGCUAAACGCCACUGGAUGUCGUUGGGUUGCGGAGCUUGCAGAUUUUCACUUUUCCAUCUGUUAUCGUCCUGGUAGAGAAAACAUAGAUGCACACUGUCCAGAAUGCCAGUAGAUCUGGAAGAAACCAUGAGAGAAUACACCGAAGAGCUUUCAUCUGAUGGUGUAGGAGCAAUGAUCCAAGCAGUGGAGAUUCAAGAUGAUCAAAAUGCACCCCUCACUAUAGCCUGCCAGAGUGCACCAGCAUGUGAGACGGGCAGCGUGGAACCUCUCAAAGCCCUGUCAAAAGAGGAGAUUAGACAAGCUCAGAGGGAUGACAAAGAGAUUGAAAAAAUCAUUGAACACUUAGUCAGGAUCCAAACCUCUCCAGCAGUGGCGUUCAGGCAGUUCAAUACCCAGAAGUCUUUGGAGAGAAUGGGAUAAAUUAAAGUUGGAUGAACAUGGAAUUCUGUUUCGAAAAACAUCCCAAAGGACCCAACUGGUUUUACUGACUCCAUCCAGACAAACUGUGUUAAGGGAACUGCACGAUGAGAUGGGUCAUCAGGGUCUUGACCGUACUACCAGUCUUAUUAGAGAUCGUUUUUUCUGGCCAUACAUGCAAAAAGACAUUGAACAUUAUGUUCUCAGAACCUGCUCCUGCAUAAAACAAAAAAAACCAUGUAGAGAGACGAGAGCACCACUUAAAAGCAUCAAAACCACAUUCCCAUUUGAAUUGGUGUCCAUUGACUUCCUUCACUUGGACAAAUGCAAGGGAGGUUAUGAAUACAUUUUGGUGAUCAUUGACCACUUCACUCGUUUUGCACAGGCAUACGCCAAUACCUCAAAAUCAGCAAAAACAGUGGCUAACCAAUUAUUCAAUGACUUUGCCCUCAAGUUUGGUUUCCCCUCAAGAAUUCACCAUGAUCAAGGAGGAGAAUUCGAAAAUCAGUUGUUUGCUCAGCUCAGAAAGUAUAGUGGCAUUGCCGGCUCAAGGACAACGCCCUACCACCCCCAGGGGAAUGGGCAGGUGGAAAGAUUUAAUCGGACUUUGCUACAGAUGUUGAAAACCCUGACUGAAAGACAAAAAUCUAACUGGAAAGAGGCACUUAAUAAACUCAUCUUUGCUUAUAACUGUACCAAAUGUGAAGUGACUGGCUUUUCACCUUUCCACCUUCUGUUCGGGCGCUCUCCAAGGCUUUCCAUCGACAGUCUUUUUGGACUCAACCCGGAUAACUGCUCUGUAAGUCACAGUGAGUGUGGAACGGUGGACAAAAGAAAUGAACGAGGCUUGUCAGAUAGCCAGAGAACAUGCAAACAAGUGUGCUGAAAGGAACAAAAAGAACUAUGACCUAAAAGUAAGGUGCACAGACCUUAUUCCAGGUAGUAGGGUUCUUGUGAAAAACUUGACUCCAAGGGGCGGAACGGGAAAACUUCAAAAUUACUGGGAGAACGAGGUCCAUGUUGUUUUACACCAAGUUGCCAAUGAUGUACCAAUCUAUGAAGUGAAACCUGAGCAGAGUAAAGGUCGAUCACGAGUGUUGCACCAUAAUCUUCUUCUUCCCUGCGAUUACUUACCUCUGGAUAUUACACCAACCCCGAGUACCCAAUCAAAGCAAAAACACCAACAAAGAAAUAGCCGAACUCAGCCCGCCCAGAGAAGAGAAUGUGAAGCAGGGUAUGAUAAUGAAAGUGAAGAGGAUGAGUACUACUUUCAAGUGGAGCUGUUUCAGACCAGGCCACCAGAAAGCAGUGACUGCCUAAAGAACAGAAAUGUGUUACCACAACCGUCAGUAACUUCUGAGCCUCGAUCAGUGGUGAAACCAAGGCCACAAUCUCACCCAGCAAAGUCAGAAAUAGAUCUUUCAGAGUCCGCACCUGACAUAAGAAUAGAACUGGAAAAUGAACCAACUGUUGACCUUAUGCAACAAGACUUACCUUCUACUGAAGCAGCUGGAUCACCUGGGCCCAGAGACAGGACCACUGAGGAGGAAAACGGGUACCAGUUCACCAGGAGAAACCGACGACCACCUAGAAAGUUUACCUAUGACAAUCUUGGGUCCCCAUCAUGCUACACUAUGCGGAUAAUUGGCAACAACCCCUACCCACACUUUGCAUCUAGUGGAAUGACAGCUGUGACACCCUGGUCAUCAACACCCCUUCGUUACCCCCAGCCUACAUAUGUGUGCUAUUAACUUCGAAUUGCACUACCACAUACAGUUUCACCCUCUAUCUUGUCACCGUAUUGCCUGUGUUGAAGGCAUGAGAUGUCACUAUACAGAACAUUACCCAGGGACUGUUUAUUGCUACAGUGAGACACUAUUGCAAAACUAAAAUAAUGGACUGUUCUCAGAUUUUGGAAAGUAAUGGACUGUUGUGCGGUUUUAAACCUGUGGACACUUCGAAUCAUUCUGAGACUUCCCUCAUUGACACUGGUUGAAUCGUUUUUUUCUCUCGAGGGACUCUGUCAUAUUUUUCUUGCUAAAGCAAAUGGAUAGAGUUUGCAUAUGGCUCCCUAUUUUUUACCUACCGCAUGGAACUAUUUACAAAAAAGUGCCUAUUGUCUAUUAAGAAAUAAGGACUUUUGUAAGUUGAAAUGAGCAAUAUCACAAUUGUGAAUGUAUGCUUGAAAAAAGGAGACUGUACAAGUAAUAUGUGAUGAAUAUUUUGUAAUAUUUUAUGUUGUAGACACCUGCUGGGUAAAGUUGAAAUAGGUUAAGUACUGUAAAUUGGGCAUAUAUGUGACUUAGUAAUUCGAUGUCGGGACGACAUCUUUUCAUGGAGGGGAGAGUGUGAUAUACUGAAUGUGUUAUCAAACGAGUUCACAUUUAAAUGUAUUAUAAAAAUGUUACAUUUAUUUUUGUAGUAUUCAUUCAUUUAUGAUGACGUCAUCGCGCGCGCCACUAGGUGACGCCCCCCGAUGCGCUUCAUUCUAAAUUAAUACACCGUCACGGAAGCCAUCACUGCAGCGUUCUCUGUCAUUAUUUAAUUAAUCCUUUCGGUAC